UUUUUCCUGUGAUUCCGCCCUUGGCUGGGCUGAAGCCGAACAACUGUCUCCGCUCUCACUAGCAGGAACAGUGUGUGUCGGGGUCAUCUACUGUUUCGUUAACGUCAGGUUAAGACAUACUGCACCGUCUUAAGGAAGCUGCUCACUGUCCUGGAGCAAGAACCGCGUGGCCCCGUUUGGCGUUUCUUAGCAAUUCAAGGCCAUCAUGGCGUUAUCUUAUAAGAAGGAUCUCGGCAAGUACAAGGAUCUAGAUGAAGAUGAAAUCCUCAACAACUUGUCGGCGGAGGAGCUCAAACAGCUGGAAAACGCACUGGAGGAGAUGGACCCUGAGAAUGCUCUGCUACCAGCCGGUUUACGCCAAAAAGACCAGACGACUAAAAGCACUACAGGACCAUAUGAUCGGGACCGCCUUCUCAAAUACCUGGAGAAAGAAGCCAUGGAGCACAAAGACAGAGAUGACAUAGUGCCCUUCACUGGAGAGAGAAAAGGCAAAGCUUUUGUUCCUAAGGAAAAGCCAAUGGAAAGCCGUCAGGAGGAGGUGACAAACCUGGAUCCAGAGCUGGAGGAGGCUCUGUCCAGUGCCACAGACACGGAGCUGUGCGAUCUAGCAGCGAUCCUGGGUGUUCACACACUGGUCACCAGUAAUAAGACGUACGACGGGACUGGAGCUACAGAGGGCCACAACAAUGUAAUCAAAGGGGAGAAGAUGAACCCAGUGUUUGACGAGCCUCCUAAUCCCACUAACGUGGAAGAAACUCUCCAGAGGAUAAAAAGCAACGACAGCUCCUUAAAAGAAGUCAACCUCAACAACAUUAAGAACAUUCCUAUUCCUACAUUAAAAGACUUUGCCAAAGCAAUGGAGAAGAACACGCAUGUCACGAAGUUUAGUCUGGCGGCAACGCGCAGUAAUGACCCCGUUGCUGGGGCUUUUAGCGACAUGCUCCGAGAGAAUAAGUCGCUGAGAAGUUUGAACCUGGAGUCAAACUUCAUCACCGGCGUCGGAGUGCAGGCUUUAGUCGAAGCGUUGCGAGACAACGACACUCUCACAGAAAUCAAGAUUGACAACCAGAGGCAGCAGCUGGGCACCACUGCAGAGAUGGAGAUCGCUAAGAUGCUGGAAGAAAACAACACCAUAUUGAAGUUUGGUUACCAUUUUACUCAACAAGGGCCUCGCUCCAGAGCGGCUGCAGCUAUCACCAAGAACAAUGACUUAGCCCCUCCCCCUGUCAGAGCCGCGAUAGCACAGUCCGCAGGAGGCGACUGGAGAAGGACCCGUAGGCGCGGACGGCCAACGCUUCUUCCAGCCGAUUCAGUUUUUCAUCUCAUCGUGUGGAAUACUUCCGGGCGGCAUCCUCGUCUCGCCUUACUGUGCGGAAACUCUUGUGCCAAACGUGCGGGGCAAGAACAUGCAUCUGAGAAAAAGGGGAACAAACUGGAAAAAAAACGCCCUCUCCUGUUCACAUGUUCAAACUUGUUUUUUUGUGUUUUUUUUUUAUGUCUUUGAAGAUGUAAACCUUAUUAGGUUUUUUAGUACUUCCCAUUCCCGUUGCUUCUUUUUUGAGCCUUCACAUUAUGUUCUGACAUUCCACUCGCUUUUUCCUUUUUUUAUAUAUACAACCCUAUUAUCUAACUAAUUAAUCAUAACCAAGUAACAAAAAUCAACUAAAGCCCUCCCCUCUGUAUAUUUUGCUUUACCGAUUCCUGUCAAAUUCUUGAAUUAAAACCUGCUGAUUCUAAACUGUCACCGUCUCUGAUCGGAUCUUCAGAAAGUGGAAGGCAGGGUGUUGUGUUGAGGACAGAAGAAUGCUAAUAGCAGCAGAGAUAGUGAAGGUUGAUGUGACCAAGGCGACUUAAAGUUAGUUCAAAACCUUCUCCUGGGUUUGUGUAAAUUAAAUACUGUAAUUAUUCAUAUUUUAAUGCUCUAAAUAUCUUGUUUGGGACGGUUCUGAUUCUUUUUUUUUUUUUGCCUAGCUUGAUGGGUUUUAAUCAAGCAAUACGCAAAAGGUGAUGUUAAUUCCAGUUAAAGCAUUGUUUGCUCAAUUAUGCCAAAGACUAAUGCGUUCAAUGUUUAACAAAAACCGAUCACUCUAGCUGUCUUCGCUUUGCCCUCCACUGUUUCUGUGGAACUCAAAUGCUCAUUCCUAGAAGACGCAGACGUCAUCUAGUCAUCCUUAGAUUGAAUCUGGAGCAACCGCUUCGAUAUAUUUCACCAGAGCUUAGUAAAAGUGAGGCGUCGUGGUGAUUUUGUCCGUUUGCAUCAAGUUACAGGUUCUUGCUCACACAAAUGUGCUUCUAAACCGGAUUUAUUCAGGCCAUACUUGAACUUGUAUAUAUUGUUUCUUGGCGCGAUGUGUUGGCAUGACUUUUCCACCAUGUUUCUUUGACCAAAACAAAACAUCUGCAGCAUUUUGUUCUUGGGACGUUUUAUAACAAUGCACUUUUCUGUGGUUGUGUCUGCUGUUUCUUCAAAACUUUUUUUUUUUGUUUUCUUACAUUCCUUUUUUUAUUUUCUUGUGAACAGUCUGUUCAAACGGAAACCGCUUCUUUGUGGGGCUUGUCUGUGUUCUGCAAUUCAUAUAUUGUAUUUUUAACUGCACAGUACCAUCUCAAGUUUAAAACUGUACUCAUACAGAUGGAUACACACAGUCUGUAUUGCAUAACCUCAUAAGUCACUGCUGAGAUUCUGUUUUUUGUUCUAAAACCCAGGUGUUCACACAAAGACAUUGUAUUAUAAAGACACAAAACUGGUUAAAAGCACUGCUGAAUAUAAGACAUUCUCUACAAUAAAUGUUUUUACGUAAUGCA